AAUGGUUGGCACAUUAACAUCGACCGCAAUGGCAAAAUUCAUAUAAACGAAUGUCUUCUAGACAUCGAUAUAUGUCACGACGACGCAACCUGUACAAACACCAAAGGCUCGUACAAGUGUGACUGCAAGUCUGGUUACUAUGGAAAUGGCUUCAAGUGUCUAGAUAAGGACGAGUGUACUUACGAUUUAGAUAACUGCCAUGCUGACGCGAUAUGCACCAACACAAAAGGAUCCUAUAACUGUACGUGUCAUCCUGGUUACUAUGGAGAUGGAUUCGCAUGUAAUGAUAUCAACGAGUGUAUUGUAGGAACUCAUAAUUGUAGUAAAAAUGCAAUGUGUACUAACACUAAGGGUGGAUUCAAUUGCACUUGUAUGUCUGGAUACAAUGGCACAGGCUAUAUAUGUAAUGAUAUAAACGAAUGCUUGGAUGGCUCACAUAACUGUCAUCCCAAUGCGGAAUGUUAUAACUUUAAUGGUACUUUUCAGUGUAACUGUAGCGCUAGUUACGAAGGGAAUGGAACCUACUGUAGAGAUCUUGAUGAAUGUAGAGCAGGAACCCAUGGAUGCCAGGGCACCUCUAAAUGCGUCAACAACAUUGGUGGAUUUGUUUGUAGUUGUGAACCUGGAUUUCGUUAUAACGGGACAGAUUGCUGUGAUACUGACGAGUGUAAAGAGAAGACACACAACUGUCAUCACCAAUUUGGUAUUUGCAUAAACCUGGCACCCUUUUUCAACUGCACAUGCGCAUUAGGAUCGAAAGGAAACGGAACGGACUGUGUUGCCUUGGACAGAGUUUAUAAAAUAGUGUUUCGUUUACCAUCUACUUUGUGGCGUGAGGAAUACAGACAACCUGAGUCUCCACAAUACCUGGCUUUAGCAAAAACAAUAGAAAAUGCGGUAAAGGAGAUCUACAAAGAUCACAAGACCUUCAUUGGAAGUAAAGUAAUGAAUUUGUAUGACAAUAAAGGAAUGACAGAAGUUGAUCUAAAGACGAUAUUUACAUCCUACCCUCAUCUUCCUACCAAACCAAUUUUAUUAGCAGUCAAACGGGGUAAUAUUGGCACAUUGAAAGCGGAUAUGGAAAACUUUGAUAUCAAAGAAAUUGCUCAUUUUGACGAGUGUCCACAUAAAUGCUCAGCCAAUGCCUUCUGCUCGCGGAACGAAUCAUCCUUCAAGUGCGUGUGCGAAAAGGGGUAUAUUGGCAGUGGCAUAGAAUGUCUUGUAUCUACUACUGACGCGUCAGCCUACUGUUCGGCUCAGUGGAAUCAAGAUGUUUUAUGGAGCGCUACUGUAUCUGGAAGUACCAGCUUUCAAUUCUGUCCCAGCCCUUUGACAGGUCAGGCCACUCGAGAAUGUUAUAGAGGUAUCAAUGGGGGCAUCUGGGGUGUACCUGACAUGACAAGGUGCUCUACUAAUGCAAUGAAACAGCUACAGAAGAAGGUAACGUCAGUCGUUUCAAAAAAGGAUCCAACAUUUCCUGACCUCACAUCAGAAGCAGUUGCUUUAUUCAAUAUCAUUAAUCCAAGCCAAGAGAAGAUUUACGCUGGAGACAUAUAUACAGCUAUAGGAAUCUUAGAUAACCUGGUAGAUACAUCAAAUAAUACCGGUGCUAAUGUUACGGAUCAGGAACUAACAGACUUUGUUACGCAUAUGGCAAAAGCAGGUGGAGGUCUGCUAGAUACUGGCAACCGUAAAGCCUGGAAUGGAAUGAAAGAGCCUGCAUCCAAAGCCAAAGACUUGAUAAUGACGACUGAAAGAUUACUAUCUGUGGUUGCUAAGAUACACGAAGGCAUCAUGAAGGCUAAUUCAAUCAAUGACCCUAAUCGUUUUUCUAGUCUUAGUCUUAUGACGUCUACGCAAAACAUAUACAUUCAUGUUAUGAUGGUAGAAAUGAAUCAGUUCCAGGGUGCACUGAUACCUAACGUUACGUCAUCAUCAAAUGCAUCACGUGAUGUUGAUGACUCUAUCUACUAUCCUGUAUCGUUGUUCUCUGCUGCGAUCAAAGACAAAACUAAAGAAGGGUUCUAUACCAGUCUUGGUUGCUAUGGCGACAAAGAAAGCGAACKUGCCAUAGCAACUAUGGAAGGUACUCACACUAUACUCAUGGAUAGCUUUCUGACUCGUAAAAACGCUGUUGAAAAGUGCGCGCUUGUAACCAAGAAUAGAGGCUGGAAGGUGUUUGCUAUUCAAGAUGGUGGUUGGUGUGCGUCGAGUUCUAUUGCGCAUCUUAGCUACGACAAGUAUGGCACCGCUGACAACUGUGUUGGAGGAAAAGGUGGAAUGUUUGCGAAUGACGUCUAUAUCAUCGAUGCAUAUUACACGAGUAUCGAGACGAUCAUUUAUAGAAAUUUGGGAGAUUUGCUAACCUAUGACCCAUUAGUUGAAAUCAAGUCACGUCAAGAAAGAGGUUCCACUGAAUCGCACAACGGGACCACUGGAAACUCUGUUGUGAUAUCAGGAAGAGUUGUUGGCGAGAAUAAAGAAUACUUUCAGAAUCUAGAAGAACCAAUCGAACUGGUAUUCAUGCAUUUGGAUAUGAACAGCACAGCAAGACGGGAUACUCGUUUACAUUGCUCCUUCUUGAAUACGGCCUCAAAGCUUCCAGAAGACCGUUGGUUAAGAGAUGGUUGCAUUCUUUACAACUCAAACUCCACACAUACCGUUUGUCAUUGUAGUCAUUUGACAAACUUUGAACUGCUAUUGGAAGUCUACGAACCUAAGGAUAAAGUUGAUGUCUAUCACCAGAGGCUGUUGAAGGUCUUGUCAUAUAUCAGCUGUGGAAUAUCUGUUGCUGGGUGUGCUGCUACUUGCAUAAUAUACACCGUACUACAAUUGACGUCUGACAGAUCACACGUGAUUAAGAAUUUAGCCUUCAACAUCGGCGUAACACAAUUAAUAUUCCUUCUUGGAGCACAUCAAACACAUAACAAGCUGUUGUGCAAGUCUGUUGGAAUCUUCCUUCAUUUCUUCCUUGCCGCAUUGUUUUCAUGGACACUUGUCGUGGGCUGGCAUCUUUAUGCAACGUUACUGCAAGUAUUUACAGAUCAAGCGAAGAAAUUCCGCAGAAGAUACUACAUACUGGGUUAUGGUCUUCCCACAUCUAUCAUUGCCCUGUCGAUGGCUGUUUUUUGGAAUGAUUAUGGAGGCAACAGCAUAUGUUGGGUUAGCCAUUCUGUUCUAGUUUCCCUUCUUGUACCUCCGAUCGCCGUCAUUGUCUUGACUAACAUAGUGAUACUUGGUAUGGUGAUUGGAGUCUUGCUAUCCCCGAAUACUAACGACAGACAAAAGAAAAGUGACAACGCUACCUUGCUUGCAAUCAGCGCAAAUCUCAAGAUAACUCUCGUACUUCUUCCUCUCCUUAUCAUCACAUGGGUUCUGGGCUUUCUUCAAGUCAGCGCUGACUCUGUAGCUCUUUCUUAUGUCUACACCCUUCUCAAUUGCACCCAUGGCAUCUUUGUUUUUGUCAACCACUGCAUCCUCAACUUUGAAGUGAAAAACACUUUCAAGAAAAAGUUUUGUAAAAAAUUCGACCCAAUAUCAAACUGGUAUGGAGUCAAGUCCAAGAGGAGCUCACCUUCUGACAGAUCACACCACACUCAGAGAGAUUCAGAUUUAUUCUCUCCAUCUGUUAGCAAGGCAAAAGCUUACACAGAUACUUCCUUUAGUAAAGCUACAUCCAAGAAACGAUUGCAAAGCAGCCAGGGAAGCCACGGAAGUCAAGAAAGUUUUAUCUAUGACUCAAACGAAGACAUUAAGACCCAAUGGCGUGUGGCUAACAACCACAACUAGUACUAAUGAUAUAAUGAAAAUCAUAAAAAAGCCGCCCUUAGCUAGAAGAUGGAGGGCUAAUGAAGACUGCAGCCUUUGUCUAUAUUUGAUCAUCAAUCGAGUUUACGCUUGCAUAAAAAUGAAACUUUUUAUGCUACUAGAGAUCUCAAAGUUGGGUGGACAUAUUGUUCCGCCGGGGGGACGAAAUUAACGCUUUUAUGUGAAUGCACGUAAUAAUAAUCUCUCAGAUGUCAAAUAAAAUUGAAAAAAUUAACCUGCAAAUAUUAGUAACCAACUUAACCUGUGUAAACAUGUUUAGACUUUGACUUGUGUCUCGCGCCAUCUUCAGAAUAAAUUUUACAAGAAUAGUGCAAAUAUCUUUUACGAGUGAAAUGUGCUAAAGUGUAUCUGUCAAGGACCCUUGAGAAAAACUAAAAUGACGAGAAACAUCUAAUAGAGUGGUUUCCAUGCACCCACGAAACAAAGUGUACCGAUUAAAGUGUAAUAAUCAGAUAAAUACAAUAGAAAACAAAAGAAUGUAAUGGAACUAAAAGCUAAAGCGUAUUUCACAGGUUUAUGGAAACCACUCUAAUGAUAUUUUUUC